AUGGGCAAGCUGGCACUGGGAAAACUGUCCUGUGAUCAGAACCUUCUCUCGUCACUGCUCGCCCAGAUGUGUGAAUUGGUGGCCACCAUUCCCAACGAGCUGAGCAUGCUCAGCAAUUUGGCUCAGGGACAGGAGCCCUCGUUUGAGCUGCUCUUCCGCGCCGUUACCAUUGCAGUACAGCAGUUUCGGCAAAUCUUCAUCGUCAUCGACGCCCUGGACGAGUGUUUGGAUGGCCGGCGUCUCAUCGCCACCCUGCGAAACAUGAUGUACUGGGAUCUGGAUGGAAUGCAUCUAUUUCUCUCAAGCCGGUCGUUCCCGCCUAUCCAGGCCUUCCUUGAGACAAUAGAUCACUCCCGCUACAUUACCAUCGGUGACUCCAAUCGGUUCGACAUUGAAAACUUUAUACACCAAAGACUAGGCGAACGGUUUGAUCAUCGGCCCGGGACGGAAGCCGAGGUAUUAGACAAUAUCAACAAGCGCGUGGCGGCUAAGGCCGGUGGAAUGUUCUUGUGGGCCAAACUUGCACUCGAACAGCUCCUAGAAAAUGCGUAUUCUACAAGAGAUAUGGUGGAUAUGCUGGAUAGACUGCCCCGCACUCUCGACGAAAUGUACGCCAGACUCAUAUCCACGCAUCUCCAUCAGAGCUCGUCGACCCCGGCGCUUGUGCCGAAGGUUCUGAUUUGGGUCGGCUACGCGCGCCGCCCACUUCGGAUUGAGGAAGUUGCGGAGGCGGUCGCCCUCGAUGUGACAGCCGCGCCCAUCGUGUCGCCCCAAAGGCAGUUCUUCCGAUCCAAAGAUGUCCUGAGGAUAUGCCCGGAGCUCACGCGCACCGUCACAAUCCAGAAUGCCACUGAGAGCCACGAAGCUCUGGCUCUCGUCCAUGUGUCGCUCCGAGACUAUAUGGAUAUCAGACUGUCGUCCUUGAACCCUCAUGUGGAGAUGGCCCGCGCCUGUCUGCAAUACCUGUGCCUGCUAGAUCAGCCCGACACUCUCAAUUCUCUAAAUUAUCUCCAGCGCUUCCCGCUUGCCAACUACGCCGCCCGCUUCUGGCAUUACCAUAUGCAGGCGGCCGACCAUACGCGCGGCGACUUAGGUCCCAUAUUAAGUGCGGCCACGGACUUUUUCCGCGGUAGCAACAUAUACGUGCAGAACUGGGUAAAGCUCUUCGAUCCCGACAGACCGUGGAUUUCCCAGCCAGACAUCUCGAGCGGGCUACCGAACGUUUCAACGCCGCUCUACUACGCCUCUUGUCUGGGUCUGCCGGCCUUGGUGCGCGACCUCCUGGACAGGCGGGACGGCGGCGACAUCAACGCAACCGGCGGGGCUCACGGCACGGCGCUCCAGGCAGCCGCCUACCACGGCAAUCUCGCCAUCGUCAAGAUCUUGCUUGAGUCUGGCGCCGAUCCCUUCAUCCGCUGCGGACUCCACGGCACAGCUCUGCAAGCAGCCAAGUUUGUCGGACACGUCGAGAUCACCGAGGUUCUCCAGGCUAGAAUGCGGGAGCGUGACACGGGUGAGGCGGGUCAGGACGCCGGCGAGCUGGAUCUGCCGCGGCACAUCGUGCUGAGUCGCGGAGACACCGACCCGUACGAGUGGCGCAAGGAGCUCGGCAGCGGCGCCAUGGGCUAUGUAGAUAUGGUGGAGAGCCGAGCCUCGGGCUCCUUGUGCGUGCGCAAAACGAUACGCCCUGGCUCGGCCGAAGAACGGCAGCGGCUAGUGCAGGUGGUGCAACUCAUGGAGACGCUCAACCACGUGCACAUCGUCAAUGUGCUUGGCUCGUAUUCAAUCCGGCCAGAAUUCUACAUCCUCAUGAAUCCUGUUGCCCAGUGGGACCUAAAGCGCUACAUGGCCGGCCAGGGCGGCGCUGUCGUCAACCCUCGCAACCUAGCCCGCUGGAUCGGCUGUCUGGCCCGCGGCCUGUCCUAUAUCCAUAGGAAGAGGGUCAAGCACAAGGACAUCAAGCCGUCGAACCUCCUCGUAGACGGAGACAACAUCCUGUACACUGACUUCGACCUGGCACACCGCUUCCAGAGCCUCGACGACGUGACCACUGGGCGGACCAGCCAGACCGUCUCUUACAGUGCGCCCGAGGUCGCCGAGGGAGGCGAGCGCACUCCAGCCACCGACGUCUUCUCGCUCGGCUGCGUCUAUGUCGAGAUGCUAACCGUCAUCACUGGCAGCAGGGUCUUUGAUAUCUUCCACAAGCUGCCAGGGGAGAGGGGAUACAACUUCCGCGGUCAUAACAACGCCGUUGCUGUCGCCUGGCUGGAGGGGCUGUCGUUUGGCAACGAGCAAGAGAAAUACGGCGAGGCCGUCAGACUUACCAGGCAGAUGAUCUCUGAGGUGCGCCCGGAUGCUGAGACUCUGUCGCGCCGCCUCGGCGCGCUAGCGUGUGACCUCUGCGCGCUUCCAUGA